CCGCCGGUCCUCUUCCCGCCCGUCACGGAGACGCUUGCCGGCUCGGGUGCAUCCUGGAGGGGCGCCGAGCAGGGCGCGGGUGUCGGCGAGGGGUUCGUCCAUCCGACCCUCUGCGACCCCAGCGUGCACCAGACCGCUGGCUACCUCAGCGCUGGCUCGGGCACCAAGGCACGAUGGCGGACUUUUUCUGGCUGUUCGAGUCCAAGAGCGAGCCCGGCAAGGACCCGCUCGUCAUGUGGCUCUCGGGUGGCCCGGGCUGCUCCUCGCAGCUCGCCCUGCUCGCCGAGAACGGGCCCUGCACGGUCUCGCGGAACGGGAGCGGAACGAUUGUCAACACGCACUCUUGGCACGCGAGGGCGAACGUCAUGUGGGUGGAUCAGCCUGCCGCGGUGGGUUUUUCGACCGCAAGGAAGUUUGAGGCAACAACAGGCUUCGGCACGCACGACGAGGCCGGCGUGGCCGAGAGCAUGUACGCGUUCUUGCAGAACUUCUACGCGCAGUUGCCGCAGUACCGCGGCAACGACUUCUACGUCUUCGGGGAGUCCUACGCCGGGCACUACGUGCCGGCCAUCGCCCACCGCGUCUGGAGAGGCAACAGGGCGGCGGCCGGCUUCAGGGUACCCCUGGCGGGCAUCGCCGUCGGGAACGGCCUGACCGACCCGGAGGAGCAGUACAAGUGGUUCCCCGAGAUGGGCACGACGGGAGCCGCUGACCUCCCUGUCGUCCGACCCCGAGCAUCUCCGCGAUCCGGGGGUGCAACGAGGGCCUGUCCCCCGAUCUGCCGCUCGGCGGCCAGAGGCACAACAGGACCGCGUGCCUGA